CCGCUUGUACCCCGUGGUGAUGGAUAAGUCACAGUAACCCUUCACCUUCUCUUUCUCCUUUCUCCUUUCUCCUUUCGCUCGUCAAUUUCUAUGCUGCUCGCCCCCUUUGCGUCCUUCUUACUCCGGUAUUCGCUCCGUCUCCCAUCGUCGACCUCGGUACCUAUCGGCACUGCUCCGUUCUUUGCAUUCCGUUAUACUGUAUAGAGCGCACUCUCUCCUCUAUAUCCCCCGCACUCUCUUCCUCUCCUCGCAUACUACUGUAUCAGUCCUAUAAUAAAACUACCCCGAGUCCCCUACAACCAGCCCCACCAAUGGCCCCCGAUAUCUCCAACGGCCUCAACGGCCACCCCGCCACCGACGACUCCAACGCCGAGUUAUGGAGACAUCCCGACCCCACGUCGACGCAGAUGCAUGCGUUUAAGGAGGGCGUUAAUGCCAAGUAUGGGCUCAAGCUCGACCAUUAUGAGGAUCUGCAUAAGUGGUCUGUUGAGAAUAUUGGCGACUUCUGGGGUGAGGUGUGGGAUUUCACUGGUAUCAAGGGGAAUAGGGUCGAUGAACCGGUCCUCCCCCCCAACGCCCCCAUGUACCCCCGCCCCUCCUUCUUCCCCACCUCCACCAUCAAAUUCGCCGAGAACCUCCUUUACCCUUCUUCUUCCCCCGACCCCUCCAGUCCAGCCAUCAUUGAGGCCAACGAGACUUCUUCCCAUGCAAUCAGUUGGACAGAACUGCGCGAUCGCGUCCGCCGCUGCACUCUCGCUCUCCAAUCCCUCUCCCUCGGCCCCGGUGACCGCGUCGCCGGCUUCCUCGGAAACACAGCUAACGCCGUCGUCGCGGCGUUGGCGGCAGCGAGUAUUGGUGUCGUCUGGACGGGCGUGAGUCCUGAUACGGGGGUCCAUGCGGUGCUGGAGAGACUGGUGCAGAUUGAGCCCAAGGUGCUGUUUGUGGAUAAUGGGGUGGGGUAUAAUGGGCGGACGCAUCCGAGUGGGGUGAAGGCGAGGGGGAUUGUGGAGGGGUUGAGGGGUAGGGGGUUGAUCGCCGUGGUUGUUUUUGAGACGGUGGUGGGGUUGGAGUGUGGGGUUGAGAAGUUGGCGGAGGUGGUGGAUGAGGGGGCGAAGGCGUGGGAGUAUAAGGAUUUUGUGGACAGCGUCCCCAACCCCUCCGCCCCCCAAACAUUCACCCCCCUCCCGUCCUCCCACCCCCUCUACAUCCUCUACUCCUCCGGCACCACCGGCCCCCCAAAAUGCAUCGUGCACUCCGCCCUCGGCACCCUCAUCCAGCACAAGAAAGAACACAUCAUCCACGGCGACCUGCGCCCCUCCUCGCGCCUCCUCUACUACACAACCACCACCUGGAUGAUGUGGCACUGGCUCGUCUCCGCCCUCUCCGUCGGCACCACAAUCGUCGUCUACGACGGCUCGCCCUUCCAUCCCGCGGGGGAGAUGUCAAUGCCCUACCUCAUCGAUUCGCUGGGGAUUACGCAUUUCGGGACGUCGGCGAAAUACCUGAGUCUCCUAGAGCAAAAGCACACGCAGCCCCUGCUCACACAACCGGACGGGUUGCCAGCAGCUUCCCUCAAGACGCUGCAAGCUAUCUACUCCACUGGCUCCCCGCUCGCGCCGUCAACGUAUAAAUAUAUCUACGCCAACUUCCCCAAGACUAUCCAACUAGCAUCCAUCACAGGCGGCACAGACAUAAUCUCCCUCUUUGGCGCACCCAACCCUCUCCUCCCAGUCUACGUGGGCGAAAUCCAAGGCCCCGCCCUCGGCCUGUCGCUGCUCGCCGUCUCGCCCGCUGGCGUCCCCGUCGCGCCCGAGGAGGCGGGGGAUUUAGUCGCCACUGUCCCUUUCCCUGCUCAACCUACCACUUUCUUCGGCGCAAAGGGGGAUGCGAAGUAUUUUGAUGCGUAUUUUGCGGUGUUUCCGAAGAUGUGGCAUCAUGGUGAUUUCAUCUCCUUCGUCCCCCAUACCUCAGCUGGGCGCGCAGGGACGAAUAACGCCGCGUCAGGCUUACUAAUGCUUGGACGCAGCGACGGGACGUUAAAACCCGCCGGAGUAAGAUUUGGGUCAGCAGAGAUCUACAACAUCCUCCUCGCCCACUUCCCCGAGGUCGCAGACGCCGUAUGCGUUGGCCGUCGUCGCGCAGGUGACGCAGACGAGACGGUACUGCUGUUCUGUAUGAUGGCUCCCGGGGAAAGUUGGAGUGAAGAGCUGGGAGGGAGGAUUAAGAGGGAGAUUGGGACGAGGCUGAGCGCGAGGCAUGUGCCGGGGGUGGUGUGUGAAGGGGGGGGGGUGCCGGUGACGGGGAAUGGGAAGAAGGUGGAGGUGGCGGUGAAGAAGGUUGUUAGUGGGGCUGGAGGGGGGGUGGGGGAGAGUGUGGUUAAUAGGGAGGUUUUGGAGUGGUAUCGGGAGUGGGCGGGGAGGAAUUAGGGGGGGUGUUUCUGGAGAGGGUGGUAGAUUUUUGGGGUUUUGGUAAUUAGAUGAAAUAGAAGAGUGGAAAAGUGAAGAUGGAAGAUGUCAAACGGUUCCGAGGCCAAAAUUGGUCAGCGUAUCGCGAAUUAUCAUAACCCCCCAUGAUAACCCCUCUGUUCAACAAGGGCUACCGCCCUUGUUGGAUAUUACAGUACUUAGUCCGGUUAUGAGGUGGGAUGGGGACCGUUGCCGCCGUAGGAUAAGCUUGAAGGUCAGUGGGUAUGGUGGUUUCAUAGCGAAAUUCAAGGUGAAGGAUGGUGGCGCCGUUGGAUAUACGAAGUAUAAUCAAUGUUGCCGCUGUUGGAUGAUUUGGGCGGUGUCCAUGACGGUUUCAUAGAGAAAUCAAAUCCAACAUGACGAGAAGACUACAAAGCCAGUCGGAAAUCCCGUCUUUCGAGUCUCAAAAUCAGAAAUCGGAACCACAUCACAGAUCAAACUAUCCCCAGCACCACACCACACACCACAGCCUCAAUUUUCCAGCGACUAUCAUCAGGUUUUGCCCAUACCUCGCGCCUGCCACUAUCGCCAUGCCUACACUUACCACCCCCUUAACCCCCACACUCCCACGCGCGCAGUGUAGAAGGGGGCAGUGUUCCCCAAAUAGUAUUCGAAUAGUAUUCGGGGUUUUCCCGAAUACUCGCCAUCUGGGAGUAUUCGGCGAAUACUCAUAC